AUCAUUCAAUCUUCGUCAGAUUGUGAGACAGCACAAAGCACAACAAUGUUCAAACAGAUUCUUGUCGCCUUCGCCACAUUGGCCAUCGCUUAUGGUAAGCCCGGCUUGGGACACUUCGGCUACUCCCCAGUUGCCAGCUACGCAUCCUACCUGCCUUCGACUUAUGCCUACGGUGCCCCGGCCCUCGCCGCCCCAGCUGUAGCUCCAGUUCGAGCUCUGACCACUGCUGCCGUUGCUGCUCCAGCAUACACCGCCCCUCUUGCAUACUCUGCUUACUCACCAGCUGCCUACCCUCUGUCGUCCUACGCUCCCUACUCAUACCCCAGCUACUACAAUGGUUACUCUAGCUACGCUGGAUACUCUCCCUUGACCUAUAGCAGCUACUGGAACCCUGAAUCCAUCUACUACAAGCGCAAGUGAACUAUUUAAAAAUCGUCUCCGAGAUUGAAUCUAUUUUGAUAUUAUAUUAUAAUAAAUAAAUAUUUACUUUCUAA